CACAACAUUACGCUCGCUGGAGCGUCUCUGGCCUGGCUGCGACAUUUCCCUCUGCGCGCUCGGAGCUCAUCCAUUUGUUUUCCCUCCUCCGGAUAAAACCCAGGAGGAGAGAGAUAUGGCUGCCGCGGAGAAUUUUAACGACUUGGAGUGUAAUUCAUCCGAGGAGGAGAGUAACCGUGCGGCCUUGGUGGGCAAACGGGAGGAAAAGACCUCCCCAGUGGUGCGUCGGCAUCAUCCGUUCAGCGUGGAGGCGCUCAUGUCCGGGAGGAAAUCGGAAGACGGCCGCGGCGCCAGAGACUUCACCUGCGCUAAACCGGCCGUGUCACCGCCAGGUCUGAACUCUCUGUAUCUGUGCCGAGAGGCGUGCAGUCCCACCGGGGGGAGCCGGAAAAGCUUACCCGCAGUGCCUUUGUCGCCGGUCAAAUCCGAGGCGUCAGAGUCCGAGUCAGACUGCGCGCCCUGGGUCACCAACAGCGCGUUCCCAACACAACCACGUCACAUCAGUGCUGCCUGCCAGCUGAGGAAACACAAGACCAACCGGAAGCCACGCACUCCUUUCACCACGUCCCAGCUCCUGGCCCUGGAGAGGAAGUUCAGGCAGAAGCAGUACCUGUCCAUCGCAGAGCGCGCCGAGUUCUCCUCCUCUCUGACCCUGACAGAGACCCAGGUCAAGAUCUGGUUCCAAAACCGUCGGGCUAAGGCCAAGAGGCUCCAGGAGGCCGAGCUGGAGAAGCUCAAGAUGGCCACCGACGCCAAGACGGCAGCGGUGGCGGCGGCGGCUGCUGGAGCUCUGCAUCCCGGGUUCACGUUGCCGCUGUCGCUGGGCGCCAUGUCCCUGUAUGGACAGUCGUACUCGGCCUUUCACCACCACCACCACAGACCCUUACUGCCCAUUUCACCUCUAGGACUCUAUGCUGCCCCCUUGGGCUACAACAUGUACCACUUAUCAUAACUACCUGUGAUGGACUGCAUUUCUGAGGAGUGUUUGUAAAACUUCUACAGCACAAGGAGUGCUUAAUGAACUUUCUGAGGCACUUCAGUUCCUGUUAGAGCGUCUUCCCGGCCCUUUGGACUGCCUGUUUACAUGACUCGAGGAGGGCUCUUACUAUCCAACUGUUUAUUACUUGUUUACUUCUGCAAAAAUUAAAGCCGGGGCGAGCACUUGCACGUGGACACAAUAAUAGAGACUAUAGCUUUUCACCAAAGCCUUUUUCUUUUUUUUUUUUACUUAGCGUAUACGGCGGUGCCUUGUGUUGAAGAGGGCGUCACUAUGAAGACACUUUCCUAUGGAUGAAAACGAGUGUUUCAGCAACUCAGGCCAAAUUAAACAUAUCAGUGAAACAUUCUUUCAGUUUCCAUUCAACUGAAGUGUCUGCCUUAAAAAGCACCCUCAGUUUACUCAGCGAAACCUUGAUGCCAUUGCAGUGACAAACUUGUGUAGAAAGUGUAUUCUCUCAUAGCAAUAAUAAUAAUAAUAAUAAUAAUAAUGAUAAUAAUAAUGAUAAUAAAACACAUCUUAAUUUUCCCCUCCUAUCCUUUAUAUAGACAUAUUAAUCAUUUAAAAAAAAUACAAUGCUGGAAAUGUAUGAAUGCUUAAUAUGUUGUAUUUAUAAAAGUAAUAUGGUGCAGAAUAUCUGACCAAACAAAUUGAAUUGUAUUUAUAUCGGUUUUUGUGUCCCUUUGAAAGGGUCGUCGCGUUGUGUUACGCAGUUGUUUCUGCCAAAUGUUCUAACAAAGAAAUCCUUUGAGAUUGUUUUCCUAAUUAAAUAUUUUACAUACAUUUUAUGUACCAAAAAUAAAGUG